AUGUCUGAAAACAAAUCAAACGUGCACGCACCGUCUCCCGAUUUUAAAGAGAUGAUUGAUAUGCAACAUGAAUUUCAGAAUCUUGUUGUAAAUCAAAUCAAGCAACAGAAUGAACAAAUGUCAAGGCAACAUGAGUAUUUUGAUAGACAAGAGAAGAAAGAGUUAGAGAAAACCAUGACUGUGAAAUUGCCUAAACUGGACAUGAUUCCAUUUAACGGUGACAAAUUGAAAUGGAGAGAAUUUUGGGACACAUUCAAUACAUCUGUGCACACUAAUAAGAACAUACCAGAUGUUCAGAAACUCAACUAUUUACGUGGUAGAUUAUACGGAGAAGCAAGAUAUGCUAUAUCCGGUUUAGAAGUAUCAGGUGCUAAUUACCAUGUAGCUAUCAAAUUAUUAUGUGAACGGUUCGGCAAUACACAAGAAGUGGUUGAUUUACACUAA